CAACUAAACCAAAGCUGCUGUCAAACUAACUAAUCCGCUUCUAAUUAGAGUCGAGUCCCCUCCAAUUAAGGAACGUAAGCGUUGGCAGAUAAUCACCACUGCUUCGCGCUGUUCCGGAAAUUAAAGCAAUAAAACACCAGGUAUACUUAAAGGAGCAAGGCGAUAGAGCAGACAAACAAGGCAAACUCGAUGUUUAGGUACUAUUAUACAGAGAAGAUGUGCAUUUGCCAUUCGGUUGAAUACACCUGCCCGCAUACACGGGGUGUUGCUUACGUUAUGCAUUAGCAUAAUUAAAAUUCGGUAAACACUAGGCCCACCAGCCAGUGCUCCAUUAGCACCCAAGGCAAACAGGCCCAGGACUUGACCCAAAGCAGGCCUUCAGCCACCGCAGGCAGAUGCAACAAAUCCUAUUACUCAUAUUUAAGCACACGCGAGUGUGUGGCGACUGCCUGUUUGUAAUACCCUUGAACUUUAUUGUUUGAACAUCAGCGGUUUGCCCGGGCUUUCGCUUUCUUCUCCUCCCCCCCCCUUAAAAUGGGUUUCCGUUUCCGUUUCCCAUUGCUUUGCCAUUUUUAUGCCGCCGUUUGCCUGUGUGCGUGUGCCCGUGCUUUUUUAUUGCAUGCUGUCAGGCGCAGCAAUACAUUGGUUUGCCAUCGAAAGUGUAUAUAGUAUGUGCGCAUUUUUCAGAAAGUUUUCAAAAAAAUUUACAGUUCCUUCGUAUUGAUAUUGCAAUUUAUCAGGGGGCACCCUACGCUCCCUACAACAGCAGAUUUGAUCAACUACCAUUGAGCCAAUUUUAAGUUACUUUACGGUCAGUAAAUAGUAUACACUCCACUACACGAUUUCAUUAUAUGAAUAUGUCCCUCUUGCUGGCCAGCUCAACUGCGAUUGAAUUCCAUCAUGCCCUUACGUUUCCAAACAAUCUUGGCUUUGAUUGCACUCAAUUGAAUAUAGUUCCAUGCAAACUAAAUCAAAUGAAAAUUCAAUUUGCCAGUUGAAUUCGAAUCAGGUUCACUUCAAUUUGAGUUGUUGGACUGCCAAUACAUUUACGUUAACUUAAAUGUGACAACAUAUGUACGUGCUGCUUAUUUCCAUCUAUUGUGUAAUACAAAAAUUCAUUUCGGUCUGCGGGAAAUUAAUCAUUUCGAGUGCUGAAUGGGACAGUUUUAUAUGAGUGUUUUCACCUGAUUGGCGGACGAUUAUUGCGAAUCGGCAAUUAAAAGCUCUUCGAAUGGCUUAAAUACACCAAAUAAAAGUAAUUAAAUUAGUUCCGUGCUGGACAAAGAAUAACAAGGAAGUGUCGGUACAAAGUUCAACGGAAAAAAUGAAAUAAAAUAAUAUGCAAACUGUGUGAGCAAUCUACGUAUGAAAAGCCAACAACAACUGGCGGCGGGAAAAGCACCAGCUGCGGCAAAGUAAACAUCAAGUUUUUGGCUGUUUGCACAGUAUCCGGGACUUCAUAAUUUCAUCCGGUUGUAUUUAAAUUGUAGCGAAGGCUCCACGAAACAGGAUUUUCGCAUGCCGGAGCUAUAUUCGUAAUUCGUGCGAAAAAAAUGGGCCAAAUGUCAAUGAGUGACUGGGCCGCGGUGUCAGCCGCCAAAAACCCAAUUCACGUCCUCGCCGAAUGAUAAGCUAGCUGCUGCUGGCUGAAAAAAAAAGGGAAGAACCUUAAGGCCCGAGCCAAAAGCCAAGUCAAUGACACUCGACCGGUUAGCCACGACCCUAUGCCUGCUGACGCUCCUGCCGGCGGUCUGGACCCACCAGAUGGACGCGGUCCACCCGGCGGACCAGAAGUUCUCGCUGCCCGCCGUUCCGCUGCCGCCCCCGCCACCCUUUUCCCCCGGCAAGAAUCACUUUGCGCUGAACGCAUUCGCCGGAGAGCAUGCCGGCGGUGGGGGCGGUGGCCACGCCUCCUCCCCCAGCUCCCCGGGAUGCGGCGGUAUGCUCAGGGCACGGCACGGACUCAUCCAGACGCCCAACUUCCCGCAUCGCUUCGCCACGCCCAUCGAAUGCGUGUGGAUAAUCGAUGCCUCGGACAUGCCGACGCCGGGCCAGGGCAAUGUCUCCAUCGUGGUGUACCUGACCCAACUGUACGUGCUCAGCGGGCUUAAGUUCACGGAGUACAUGUACUACUCCGAUGACUUCAAGGUCCCCGCCCACCGGGUGUUCGCGCUCACCGAGGACGACGUCACCCAGGUCACGUGGGUGCAGUUCCACAGCCAGUACCUGGAGAUCCGCUUCACCAUGGCCACGCUGGACGGGACCCAUCUGCGCGCUCUGGACCGCCUGCUGGACGUCUACGGAUUCAACAUCACCUACGAGGUGCAGAACGAGGUGAAGACUUCGCAGUGCAACACGCUGCAGUGCCGCUUCCUUGGAGAUUGCUACGCGAGCUCCGACUACAGCUCCUAUGGAUGCUCCUGUUUUCCCGGCUUCAGCGGCAGCGACUGCGGUCAUGGCCCACUGUGCAAGGACCUUCACACAAACAUCUGCCAGAACGGCGGCACUUGCAAGCACAUCGGCGACGCCGCCAUAACUUGCCACUGUCCGAAGGGCUUCAAGGGGACCAGAUGCGAAAUACCCGAAAUAAACGAGACAACACAGGGCUGCACCAGCAACACGAGCAACAUUGAAUGCCAUCAGGCCUGCGACUUUGACAAUUUUAGUCGUUCUGUGUCCUCUUCUGGCCAGAGCUAUUCCGUCCUUAAAAGCAACCGGAAUUUGGCUCGCAGCGGUAAAACUCGAUAUGAGGUGACCAUGAGGCUGGGUGCCAAUCUUACGGGGUAUUAUCGACAUGCCGACCGGGAACAGUUGUCCGGCGUUAUGGAACGACAGCUUGGUCGUGUUUUGCGCAACUUCAACAUCACAAAGAUAAGCGAUCUGGAGCUGAUAUCGAACUCCACCGAUCGGCUGGACAUCACCUUCCACUUCUUUGGCGUCAAGGGCGACUCCCAGCGGAUCCGGGAUGCCAUCACCAGGAUGGUGGAACGUGGCCGGAUCGGAAACUUUACCCUGGUUGCGAACUUCCAUCACUUCGACGAGAACCCACCGCUGGGCUUGCUGGAGUUGAGCGUCAAUCAACCGCAAUCAGGAGUGCGCGAGGCCAGCGAGUUCAUCAUAUCCUGCACCGCCCAGGGCUCGUCCCGGAUGCAGUUCCAGUGGUUCAAGGACGGCGCGCCGGUGAAUGCCAGCAAGGCGACGCGGGAAAUCUGGACCACGGUACUACCGCCCGAAACCAAAGAUGUCUACACCGCGAUUCUGGGCGUAACCAAAGCGAGUCGGAUCGACGAAGGUGUCUACAGCUGCAAGGUCACCGACUGGGGCGUGGAGCAGUGCCGCUCCCUGCACAUCCACAUCAAGUCCCCGCCCCGUCUGCGCGUGGAUCCGGCGAGUGUAACACUGCAGCGGGGGGAUUCGCUGCGGGUGCGGUGCCUGUCACCAGGCAACGACGACAUUAAGCGCUACGCCCAGCUCGGCUACAGCUGGACCCGCAACGGGGUGCUCUUCCAGUCGGACGCGGGCACGGCCAUGUGGGAGGACCUGUACCCCGACGGCAGCAUCCUGAAGAUCAACAACAUCCAGAAGUCGGCGGAGUACGCCUGUCUGGUGUCCAACAGUGUGCGUCCGGUGUCCCGCAGCGUCUACAUCAACGUCAUCGAGCGGAACGCGGCGCACGUGUGUCCGGCGGAGUCCACGUACGGCAUCCAUUGGCCCACCAGCGCCCCCGGAGCCCCCAUCAUCACCGACUGCCCGCGGGGCUUCGAGGGUCACCUGCGACGCAUCUGCGAGCAGCGGGACACGGGCAACUCCACCUGGCUGCUGCCCGACUUCUCCGGCUGCGUCAGGGACGAACUGCUGCUCAUCUACAACCGCUUCCUGGCUUUGAGUGCCGGCUUCCAGCAGACGAACUCCUCCAACAUCCUGAAGGCCUGCUUCGACUUCACCCUACAGCGGCGGCACAGUUUCCUGCCCGGCGAGGCCAGCUUCCUCAUCGACAUGCUGCACGAGCUCGACACCUACCUGCAAUUGAAAGGCACACAACUGGAGCGCGAGAUGGCCGCGGAGAUAAUACUGCGCAUCCUGGAUAAAGUCAUGCAGAAUGCCCAAUCCCUGAACAGUCAACAGCAAAUUAAAAAGCUGCAGCAACUAACGCAAUCGGCGGCGCUGAACCGCGAGACCAUCGCGGCCUCCCAGUUGGCCACCUCGACGAGCGGCAGCAGUCAGUCCGCCUCGGCGCCGGCGACAGGUGACAGUUCGACCCGCGGCGACGAUGGCAAUGGCAGCGGGUCAGGGGUCACUGCGGGCGAGGUUUCCGCGGAUCCUGCCGGCAGCCUGCAGGCAACUCGAGCUGGCGGAGCAGGUGGAGCGGGAGGAGCGGGAGGACAUGGACCGGGAGCCGCCAGCAUCCUGACAGUCGAUGAGGACACACUGUCGCUGGACCGACUCAAUUCGCUGCGCAUCUACAUGACGUCGGUGAAAACGCUGCCGUUUAAUUUGCGCAUUUACGGCGAGGAUUUGUUCUCGGACCAGCUCUACAUGGACAUUGGCCUCUCCACGCGACUGCUGCACAUCAUGGCCAACUCAACCAUAUUCGCCUCGGUCAUCUCCUACAAGAACCUCAAAAGUUUCCUCCCCAAGACCUACUACACGCGCGGCAGCGAUCCCCGGGACUCGGACUACGUGCUGGCGUCGCGGAUCAUCCAGACCUGGCUGUUCCAGUCGAAUCGCUCCAACGACAACUUCCGCGAGCCCCUGGACUUGCCCUUCGAGGCGGGACAUGUGGAGAUUAUUUUUCAGCACGAGAGCGUCCCCAAGACGGGCGAUUGGGUGGCCGUUUGUGGUCACGACUACAAGGCCUCCUUCGACUCCACCUGGCGAUCGGACCUGUGCAUCACCAAGCACCUGAUGGCCAACAUCACGCGCUGCAUUUGCCCGCUGUCCGGAACCUACGUGGUCAUGCUCACCAAACGCCAACCAAAUGCCCCCCCGGCCCACGCCCCCCGGCGCCCCAUCUUCGUGAUCGCCAGCUGCGCCUGCUGCCUCCUCCAGUGCGGAUCCGCCCUUCUCAUCCUGGUGCCCAUCUGGUGCAACCGCAAGUGCGCCGUCACGUUCCUCAAGAUGCAGUUCUGCGUGUCCACGUCGAGUGUGAUGCUCAUCUACUUGCUGGGAUUCAUGAAAAUGCUGCCGCUGAGCUGGCACGGCAUCAUUAGCACAUCGCUGGCAUCGCUCUUGUUGCUGGGCAUCUCGACGCUGAUUGCGAUUGCCCUGGCCAUCCACACGGAGCUGAUGCCGAAGAAGUAUCUGCAGAUUGGCGGCAGGACGGCCACGCCCACCAAGCGACGACUCGAAGGCGGAGGGGAGCGGGAGCGGGAGCGGGAUCGGGAAUUGGAGAGCCUGAGCAACAUCACGCAGAUCCGGGCUCAGUCGCCGCUGGGAGCCACCACGUCCUCCAUUGUCCAGCGCCGCCCACCGCCCAGUUCGUCGGCAGCUGGAAUGCGAGGCGCCAUCGGCAUUAGUUGGCUACUGCCGCUCCUGUUUGCGGUGGCCGCCCCCCUAAUCUGUAGCAUCAUUGGCCGCUGGCCAACGCACUGGUGGCUGGAGGUCCUCUGGACGGGUGCAGCCGCCUCUCCGGAUGCCGCCACCGCCCUGGGCAGACCGGAAGCGGAGGAGUCGGAGUACUCGGCCCACUCGCUGCUCAACGGCGAUAAUUUACUGCUCGAGUCGGAGGCACUGCAGCUGGGAAAUGGAACGACUUCGCCAGCAGAGAAAGAGACAUUGUCAUCGGUCGAUGAUGUGGCCACGUCAACGUCAUCAAUCACUGCAGCUACCAGUGGCUUUGCAGCAGUUGGGAGUCUCUUGGUGGGCAGGAGCAGUACCUCCACUUCCGCAUCCGCGCUGACUGCGCCUCUCACUUCCGGUUUGGGUGACGCUUCGACAGCCCCAACGCCAGCCCUGAGCUUCGUCCUCUUCCUCUGCAUCGAUCUGCUCUUCAUCCUGCUCUUCCUGGCGCUGUUUGCCAUUUUAAUGAAGAAACUUUUGUGGCUGUGGCACAAGAAUCGCACUGUGCAUACGCAUCCGUUGGAUAAAUUCAAUCUGGCUCUGCGCAGGCGAUUCGGUUUGCUCUACCGGGCGGGCGGACUGCUGCUGGCCAAAAUCUGCAGCGACGGACUGUUCAUCGCUUAUGUUAAUUCAUCACCGGAUGCUCUGUGGGCAUAUCCGUUCGGCAUAUCGUGCAUAUUAUUGGGCUCGGCCAUCCUCUUCUGUUUCGUCAUCAGGGCCGAGAGCCAGCUGCGAGGACCCCCCUUCCUCAGCAGCAACGGGAGCAGCCAGAACAGCUCCCUGAAGCAGGCCAAGUUCAACACGAGCCGGAGCAGCCUGGACGAGAACUACUGCACCACCACGACGACGGCCAACGUGAAUAGUCCGCUGAGCUUCUACACCAACCACGACAAGGAGAAGGAGAACGAGUGCGGCGGCGUGUCCUUGUCAAUGUCCAAUGCAGCCGUGUCCUCUGCAGCAGCAGCAGCAGCAGCAGCAGCAGCCGGAUCCUUGGGCUCGUCAGCCGGCGGAGGAGGCGGUGCCGCGCCCCUGCAAUCGAAGGUGGGCCUGGAGCUGUCAGGAGCACCGGGCUCCGGCGUUCCACUGCCGUUGACAAUCAUCUCGACGGCGCCGCGCUGCCAAGCGGGCGCAGAUGGGACGGCGGAGUCCUUCCUGGGCGACCGCCAGGCUCUGUCCGUGGCCCCCUCGCCGGACACACGCUGUUGCGCCAUUUUGGGCGGCGGCACCGCCUACGAUGCCUACACCAUGGGCAUGGGCAUGGGAAUGGGCAUGGGAGUGGGUAUGGAAGUGGGCGUGGGAGUGGGAGGACUCACGGGAAGCCUGGGCAGAAGAACGCUGCAUCAGCAGCCCACGCAUUAUCGCCCAGGACCUUGCGGCGAGUUUGUGGGCGUCGAGACGCUCGAUAUCCUCCAGGGCGUGGCAGCAGACAGCAUUAUUGGCAUUCACACCAGUGCCAUUAUGCCCACGGCCACCAACACUGCUCAUUAUGUUCCGCUGCAGCAUAAUCCCUACGUGGACUUUGUGCCCAGCUCCCUAAUCCUGAGUAUGGCGCCACCGCCGACCAUAAGCGGAAACCUGAGUGGAGCGGCAAUGCCGGCGAUGUCAGCGAUGUCUGCCAUGUCCACCCAGACGCCCAAGACGCAGAAGCGGGUGACCAUCCUGGAGCCCACGUCCCGCACGACCUUUGACCCCCUGCUGCCUACCAUGGUGGCGGCUGUGGUCUCCACUUCGACGGCCACCAGCACGGCGACCACGACCCCGGUCACGCCCACCCAUACGGCCACGCAGAGUGGCUGUGGGGCCAACGAUGCCACGCUGGAUCGCAUCACCCUCGAUCUGGACUACUUGCUGAACCGGGGGGCAGUGGAUGCCCCAGAUGGAGGCGGGGUGCCACCACCACCACUACCACCGCCCACCACUGAUGACAGCCAGCAAAAGCAAAAGCAAUAGCAAUAUGUGUAAGUUGGAAGACCCAUUCCGACACUGAGAUGCAUUUAAGAGGCUUCGUUAUUCUAUCAUACGAUGUAAAUAUAUGUAAAUCAAAUUUCCGAACUUAACUACAGUAGAAAUCUCUGUGAAUAUUCAUGUAUGUAUGCAUCAAAUAUACUUCAUAGGGUUAGCAAUCCAUUGAAGUCAUCGUUUAACCCAAUACUCUAUCAAAUGAGUUCCAGUUUUUGUUGAACCUGCCAGAUUUAAUAGAACUUCCAGUUCAAUAAAUCCAUGAAAUGUUCAAAAUGUAUGUCUUUUAAAGUGAUUUGAAUAUCAAUCAUACCUAUAGUCAUAUUUAGAAUACAAAUUGAACUUAAUGUCAUUGCAUAUGUAAACAAAUUGAAAGAAUUUAAACUAAAAAUAACUUUUUAGCUAGAUUUACAAAAGCCUAUUAAGGAGAACACAAUGAAGAUGAAAAUUGAAUGAGCGAGAGCACAGCAAGGUGUGAAAAUGUUUUUGAUUCCAUUUAAAGUUUUCCUAGAAUUAAAGCAAAAUUAAGCCCCAUUAAGUAACAAAGAUAAAAACCUACAAAAUACAAUAAUUGUAAAACUAAUAAACAUAACAGGACUAUUUCUGGAACAAAGCAAAUUAUACAGAUAUAUAUCUUUAAAUAAACUCAAGACUCUUGUUAGAAAAUCUAUGAAAAUAAGAG